AUAGCAAGCUUUAGCUUUGACUUGGAGAUUCAGUUUUCUAUACACAAACUAGUGAGGAAACGAAGGUAGAAUAUAGAUAUGGAAGGGAUGAUGAAGAUGGGUGAUGUAAAUCACCAUAGAAUAAAGACUAAUGGAAUAUGGAUGCAUGUUGCAGAGAAAGGUGAUGAACAAGGACCACUUGUGCUUCUCCUUCAUGGCUUCCCAGAUACCUGGUUUUCAUGGCGCCAUCAGAUUGGUCAUUUGGCUAGCCAGGGUUACCAUGUGCUUGCACCUGACCUCCGUGGCUUUGGUGAUUCUGACUCCCCACCUUCACCCACUGCCUACACCAUCUUCCACAUCGUAGCUGAUCUCCUCGGCCUUCUUCAUCACUUCAAUCACCAACAGGUGUUUGUGGUGGGGCAUGAUUGGGGUGCAACAGCAGCCUGGCAUCUUAGUCUUUUCAGGCCUGAUAAAGUCAAAGGAAUGGUGGCAAUUUCAGUUCCAUUCUUUCCUAGAUCCCCAGAUAUCAACCCUACUCAAUUCUUCAAGCAAUCAUAUGGGGAUGAUCUCUAUAUAUCCCAGUUCCAGGAAGCAGGAAGGGCAGAGAAGUCUUUUGCAAAGUAUGAUUACCUGACAGUAAUGAAGAAGUUCUGGAUGAUCGAGAAGGUGGUAUCACCUCCUGGCAUGGAAUUUAUCGAUUGUCUAGAAACUCCUUCAGUGUUACCACCAUGGAUUACCGAAGAGGAACUCCAAGUAUACGCAGACAAGUUUCAGGAGUCUGGAUUCACCGGAGGUUUAAACUACUAUCGUGCUAUGGAUCUCAACUGGGAGCUGCAAGCACCAUGGCAAGGGUCAAAAGUAACUGUUCCAUCGAAGCUAAUUAUUGGAGACAAAGAUAUUGGAUUUGGUGGAACAAAGGAAUAUGUCGAUGGAGAUGUUUUCAAAGGACUAGUUCCUGAUAUUGAAGUUGUCAUACUAGAAGGCCACCAUUUUAUCCAGCAAGAGAAACCUAAACAAGUUUCUGAUCAGAUCAUAUCUUUCCUUGAGAAACUUACCGCAACUUAGGCUUCUAGGGAUCGGUCUUAUGAAUAAGAAUAUGUGUCCAGCAAAGGCGAAAACCGAGUUAUAUUUCCUAGGAGUUCCUGUCAUUAUAUGCUACCUAAGAUCGUAACAUUAAAUAACUACAAAAGCACAGUAAUAUUCAUUUAGCAAUAUUUGAAACC